AUUCCCGGAAUUAAAAUCUGGAGUGAUCCGAUGUUGUCCACAAGGCAGACGUGUUAAGCAACUGAGCAUUAUCGAAGUUGUGAAACAAUGGCAUACAUGAACUAGGAAGUAUUAAUACAAGGCAAAGAAAUCCACUGGGACCUGAGAGGAGAUUAUGAAAAGCAAGUCAGUGAGGCCAGUCCACACCCUCAUGACGGAGCAGAGAUGGAUGCCAAGCAGAAGAAGCAAACCAGCUCUUCAAGCUGUCUCUCUAUGAAGAGUGACUUCUCCAAAGACGACCCUCCGUAUUUCAGCGAGGAAGAGCGGAACCGUCCAUUUGCUAAGACAGACAGGAUGAAUACAAACUUCGAAAAACCUACAUCACCAACAAGCCCUUCUCUGAAGAGUGAUAGGUCAAGGAGCUCGCCGCCAGAUAUGUGUCCUGAUAAUACAUCUGUAGAUGAACGGAAUGUGACACAAGUGGCAGCAUGGUUCCCAGUUGGUAGGCCACAGGACAAAAAAGGAGAAUAUGACCUCAUACUCCCACCACUGAUUGAGGACUGGACCAAAGAACAUGUGAAAGACUGGCUGAUUGUUAAACUUAGAGUACCACAGAAAAUUGCACAGAAUCUCUAUGACCAAGAGUUGUCAGGAGCUUGCUUAGUCUGCUUUGAGAAACAAGACUUGCUAGAACUAGAUGUCCCACCAGCACCGGCAAUACAAAUCAUACGACAGAUUGAGAAAUUAAGGAAGCAUUCAAAAAAUUUGGAGCCAAGCUUGAGAAUACCAAAGAGUCAUACCGAACCAAGAGAAGGUGAAGUAUGGAAAAGUACAGAGAUGCAGGAUGUGUCAGGAAAUAUGGACGAAUCUGUGGAAACUGAAACAGUGUCAUCAGAUUCAGGAGUUCAAAGUCUAAGCUCCACAAUGCUUAUUUUGGAGACAGCAAGAAACAAAAUAAGAUCUGUUAUAGAUCAGAAGACAUUAAACGACACAAAAUUAAAUACAGAAAUGACUGACAGUGCAACAUUUCUACAACUAAAGAAACCGAUAUGCCAGAUCCGACCCUUUGACAAAAACAACUCUUCCAUCUUUUACAUACAAAAUUACAUUCUUCCUCCCAUAGCCGGUCCAAGUAAUCUUCUUGACCCUGUCCAUGAGUACCAGCUUCUUCCCAGUGCAAACGAAGCCAGUGAAAGAGAGAUCCUUUAUGAAUUCACAAAGGAAGUGUUUUGUUUUGCUGCGAGCUGCAUUAAUUCACGAACCAAUGGCACUAUUCAUUUUGGAGUGAACAACCAGCCAGGAGAGGGACAUGGUCAGGUAGUUGGGCACAAGAUCACCUCUUUCAGUAUAUAUAACGAAGCAUUUGAAUCAUGUCUGAGCGAAUAUUUUGAAGAAAAGCACAUAAAUAUUGCCAGAAUGUGUAUCAGGCCUCCGAAUUUUAUACAAGUUCAUUCUGAAGAUGGAACAACUUCAGAUAAAUGGGUGAUUGAGGUUGAUGUAGUUCCAACAUAUUCAGGGAUGCAAGAAAAUAUUUUCUAUACUCCACUGAGUAUUGCAUCCGCAGAAAAAAAGCAACAGUGCAAGACUGAAUGUCUUUUUGUCCGUGAUGGCCCAAGGUCAAUCAACAUUUUGGCAGAUCCUAAUCCUCGGAUUGUCCAAGAGAAGGUGAAAAGUUUGAUCGAUAAAGUCAAGUGCUGGGCAUCAGCACGAAAGACAGCCGAGGAAAAGGAUGAAAAACAUCCCUCCCAAGGCAACCAGGGCCAAAGGCUUAAACAGCUGUUAACUCGUGGAAGAAAUGCCUUUGAGAAUUCCCUUCAGGUCAUUGUUGUCACUGACAAAUGCCAUUCAAGUCAACUGGGACACUUGGAUUUUCUGAAAGAGAUUAAGUUGUUUGCGGUACUUGAGUUUGACCCAGAGUCUGAUGUGAAUGGAACAUGCAGUUUUUACAGAAGAGAUCACAUAGCCAAUUUGCACUAUCCACGCAUGUACACCACUCAGGACAGUGUAACUGCAAUCAUUCAAAAGCUGAACUUGUUCAAGCAAACAAGUUGGGUCUUCUGCAAUGGGCGAGUGAAUGAAGACAGUGAGACAGACAAGCCACUAACACCUAGUGAAUGGCUUAAAAAACGCUGUGGUGAUAUCAACAACAUGGUUUCAUUGCUUUUCAACCCAGAUUUUCUUUCCAAAGACAGACUCCUGGUGGUAUUCAUUCUUCACUCAGAAGUAACUGACAUCUCAAGCCCAAUUUUGGAGGUCUUCUGUGCAAUUUAUCGCACACUAGAAGGGUUCGACAAUAUGUUGUGCAUAUGCAAAGACUCCACCGUAUUCAAUCACUGGAAGCAGCUGAUAGAGCGUCGCUGUAAGGAGGAUAUCACCAAUAAAUGCAUCUAUGAACUAAGUCUGAAUGAAAUAUCCAGCACCAUAAGCAAGCUUAAAGAACCUCAAACACAGUCCUCCAGGAGGUUCUUGCCAUCCACAGGCUCAAGCUCAGUCCUGCUAACAAAAAAGGAUGAAGAGUUGAUGACUGAUUUAGACAUCUUGUGUGAAAAUGAAUGUGAGAACACAGAAAUUGAAACAAAUGAAUCCUUUCAGGAGUUCAAGAGGACAACAGAGGAGGACUUUUACAGAGGAGGUCAAGUUUCAUGGUGGAACUUUUAUCUUUCUGAAAAGAACGGCAGCCUGCCAUUCAUCAAACGAGACAAAUACAAUGAGCUGUAUGACCUGAUCACUCCUACAGAAGGCUACACAUCUCCAUGUGUUAUGAUCAAUCUUUUCCACCACCCAGGAUGUGGGGGAACAACUCUAGCGUGGCACGUUCUUUGGGACUUGAGAAGGAAGUUCAGAUGCACUGUUGUUAAAAACAACAUGGCAGCCAAUAAAGAAAUUGCAGCUCAAGUCAUAAACCUGCUGACAUAUGGCAAACAGGAGCAGCCAGGCUAUGUACCUGUACUCCUCUUGGUGGACAACUGGGAUGAUGUAGAGGGCCUAAAGCAGUGCAUCCUGAAUGUCGCCAGUGAUAGGAAGCAAAAUCUCAUGGUAAUCAUAGUGAACUGUGAGAGAACCCGUUUCCCUGAUGAGAGCAGCAGAAAUAGCCGCAUUCCAAAUGUGUCCAUCACCAACAAGUUGUCAGCCAAAGAGCAGAGUUUGUUUUCUCAUAAAUUUCAACAACUCAAGGAUAACCAUGAAAAGCCAGACACCUUCUAUGCUUUCAUGAUCAUGACAAAUAACUUCAGUGAGACUUACAUCACAAAUCUGGUGAACAACAUUGUCAAAGAUAUUGACGCCACUACCCAACAGGGUAGGCUUUUAUCCUUUCUGGCUCUGCUGAACACCUUUGUAAAUGGAUCCUACAUGUCACUCUCUUUGUGUGAAGAGUUACUUGGGAUAAGAAAUGCUCUGUGGAAGCAAGAAAGUCUUGAUGAUAUAAUGAAUCCCUAUUCCACACUGAUGAUCACUUUCACUGUUGAAGAGCAUGGCAACUAUCAAGCAGUACGAUUCUUACACCAAAUGAUUGCCAGUAACUGUCUUGAUGUUCUUACCCAAAAACACACUCUUUCUCUGUCUGAGAUAACUAUUAACUUUUUACACUGUGACAAACUCUACAAAUCAUGCAUGGGAAAGGAUUUCCUAGUGCAAAGCAUUCAUAGCAUGCUCAUCACACGUCACCGAAAAGAACAAGGCGAUGACAAAGACACUUUGUUUUCCCCUCUGAUUGAAUGCAUACAUGAGAAGGAAGGACCUGACAAAAUUAAAGAGGUCUUAGAAAGAGCCACAUUGAGGUUUGACAGAAGUGCAACACUGCCACAAGCACUGGCAAGACAUUUCUGCUUGAAAGAGAAAGACUUUAAAUCUGCCCUCAAGUGGGCUUUGGAUGCACAGCAGAAAAAUUCCAAUUCAUACAUUGCAGAUACAGUCGGUCAAGUGUACAAGAGCCACCUCAAAAAAGAAAUUGAAGAUUCUGAGGUUCUCACUCCAGAAACACUUGACAGAUGCUUACACUUAGCAUCCCAUGCUGUAACUGCAUUCCAGGAUUCACAAGAGCUAGCCAAGAAGGAUGAUUCAUUUGAUCCAUUUGAUACACGCCACAAAAAAAGGCAAACAUCCUACAAUACAUCAGGCUAUGUUGGAGAGACAGAAGUCAUUAUGAUUCUCCUUGAUGUCAUUAAAGAGCUUCCUAUUUUUGCUGUCAGUGACAGACAUAGGAGGGAUAAAAUGCUACAAUUCCUGAAAGGUGGACAAGUGAGCAACUUAAAUGAUUUGAGCAACACAGCCAUUAACCAGCUUGUCUCUGUCCUGGCAGACCAUGAGAAAUUUCUAGUCUCUUUGAAGCCAAGGCUAAAGGAAAUAUUCACUUUCUUUGAGAACUACUUCACAUACCUAAAACCUAGGUCUCAGGAAAGGGAGACAGCUGACGAAAGAAACAAGAGAAAGGUUUCUGAGUCCUUUAAAAAAUACAUGCAAAUAUUUAGCAUUUCGGAGGAGGAGAAAGCAUCUGAAAAAGCCAGCAAGCCCAAUCUCAGUCUCCGUCAGGACAUAGUUGAUCAGAGGUGCUAUCUGGAAGGGAAACGAGCAGACUCAUUUGCUGGACUUCUGCAGUGCUUGUAUGACAGAGGCUGGCAGGAAAUGGAGCACAUUUUCCAAAAAUGGCAGUUUAUAUUUGACAACUCACCCCACAAAUAUGUGUCAGAUACAGUCAACUUCAUCUUGGCAAACAUUGUUGUUCACAGCUUGAAGCCCUCCAACAAAUUGCUGAUAAAAUAUGAGGAGCUGGUCUCCCUUCUUAAUGAGGUACUGCAAAAGGAGGGUACUCAUUCAAAUCUGACAGAGCUGUACUACCUCUCCAUGUUGCUAAUGUGGCCUACAAAAGACCAAGGGCCUGAAAGCUCAGCAUCAUACAAAAAUAUCAGCACGUACAUCACAUCAGCCAAGAAAUCUUUUCAUCGACGCUUCUCUCACAUGUUACCUGCAAGGAAUGCUGUUGCUCAUUUCUUCCUUGGGAAAUCCAGUGGACUCAAACGAAUAGUUCCCAAGGUAAAGCUUGAUCAAAUUGUUUCAAAGCAAGCCUCCAACAGUGGCCAAAGCAGUCAACCACGUAACCUGCACCAUCUGUGGCAGAGUGGUGCUGUAUGGAACGAGCCAGAGAUCCAGAAGAAGCUGUUAAGGAUUAAAGGAACAUCAGAAAAUGGUGACAUUUACGUUAACUAUGGUGGCAAUCUAAAAAUGCUAGUACGUCCAGUUUACCUGGGUGAUAUUCGAAGCGGAUACAGCCGGGAGGAAGUAUCCUUCUACCUUGGAUUUACCAUGGAAGGGCCUGUGGCCUAUAAUAUCAAGUAUGAAAAUGAGCAAUGAAAAUGUUUAACCUGCGGAUGUGAACAUACAGACCUUUACAGUAUAAGAGGCUGAAUGAUUAUGAGCUAGUUCUACAAUGAACACACUGGAUCUUGUAGAUUAAAUACCCACAUUCAGCAGUGUAAUAGUGACAGUGGCAAACAGAUCCCUAGCUAAGUGUCUGAAAAGAACACUCGACAUUGUGGGUUCCCCAGCAGUUGCCCUGGCGGCCUCGUUUUUACUGAGUCCAGAUGAUUUGGGAUUGUAACCUUUCAAACAGUCUAUCAUUAUGGAAUAAUGGCACAUUGGGUAAUGCUAAGUUGCUAUCAAAUAUACUGUUUCUUUAAUAAUCAUUUUAAUGUAAGUGUUUAAUGUUAAGUGUCACUUCAGAGAACAAAGUUUGUCUAUCACUGCCAUUGUUGGUGGCAUGCAAAGUCAUUUUACAAGUUGUAUUCCAGUUUUUGUUAGAUUAUAUUUGCAUUGAGAAAAUGUUUUAAACAUUUAAAAUCUUUUAAGCAUUUCCUCUCAUAGAUAUCAAUAAUUGGAGCACCCGGCCACGCAUGGACAAAUGCUUUUUGCUAUGAUUAUUUUGUGGUGUUAUGUCAUGUUUAGCUUUACUCAGUGCCACAGUUUGCUUAAUAUAUGUUUCAUGUUCAUUUUUAAAGCAUUUUAUUGUUGAAUAUUUAUAGAGUUGGCAUACUUGAAAUCAAAUUGCUAGAUGAUGAUGAUAUGAUGUACUGUACAGGAGAUGUUUACAUAUUAAAGUAAAAUACAGAUGACAAACUGUA